AAACAAUUGAUUUCACCAAAUUUAUAAAUUGAUUAAUUUUGUUAAAUAAAUACGAAAAAAGCACAAAAAUGGAGAUUGACGAUGAAGAAAUGGAUCAAUUACCAUCCAGCUCAUCUGGGCCAAAAGGAGAAAAAAAGAGAUUUGAAGUUAAAAAGUGGAAUGCAGUAGCUCUUUGGGCUUGGGAUAUUGUAGUUGAUAAUUGCGCCAUUUGUCGUAAUCACAUUAUGGAUCUCUGCAUUGAAUGCCAGGCAAACCAAGCGAGUGCCACCAGUGAAGAAUGUACAGUUGCUUGGGGAGUCUGCAAUCAUGCAUUUCACUUCCACUGUAUCUCAAGAUGGUUAAAAACUCGACAAGUCUGCCCACUUGAUAACAGAGAAUGGGAAUUCCAAAAGUAUGGUCAUUAAUCAUUUGUGAGAUUCAAGACUAGUGAUGACUGAAGAACGCGUCUGAAAGGGUGGAUUUUAAAUCAUUUGAAGUGUACC